CUGGAUCCCAAGGUUUCGAUCGACAUGGAGGCGCCCGAAUUUAGAGAUUUUGCCAAAUCGAUGGUCGAUUAUAUAGCCGAUUACCUGGAAAAUAUACGCGACAGACGCGUGCUGCCCGAGGUGAAGCCCGGCUACUUGCCCCCCUUGAUACCCGAAGCUGCCCCAGAAAAGCCCGAGGAUUGGCAGGAUGUGAUGAAGGACAUUGAGCGCGUUAUCAUGCCUGGCGUGACACACUGGCACAGUCCCAAGUUCCAUGCCUACUUCCCCACGGCCAACUCCUAUCCAGCCAUUGUGGCUGACAUGCUGAGUGGAGCGAUUGCCUGCAUUGGAUUCACCUGGAUCGCCAGUCCGGCCUGCACUGAACUGGAGGUCGUCAUGCUGGACUGGUUGGGCAAGAUGCUGGAACUGCCCGCCGAGUUCCUGGCCUGCUCCGGCGGCAAGGGUGGUGGCGUCAUCCAAGGCACAGCCAGUGAGUCCACUUUGGUGGCUCUACUUGGUGCCAAGGCGAAGAAGCUGAAGGAGGUAAAGGAGGAGCACCCAGAAUGGGAUGACCACACCAUCCUUGGCAAGUUGGUCGGUUAUGCCUCCGCCCAGGCACAUUCCUCGGUGGAACGCGCCGGUUUGCUGGGCGGUGUCAAGCUGCGCUCUGUGCCUGCUGAUGAGCACAAUCGCCUGCGUGGCGAUGCUCUCGACCAGGCCAUUAAACAGGACUUGGCCGAUGGCUUGAUACCCUUCUAUGCGGUGGUCACGCUGGGCACAACCAACUCGUGUGCAUUCGAUCGCCUAGACGAGUGUGGCCCCGUGGCCAACAAGCUCAAUGUCUGGGUGCAUGUGGAUGCUGCUUACGCUGGCUCCGCUUUCAUCUGCCCGGAGUAUCGUCAUCACAUGAAGGGCAUCGAGACAGCCGACUCGUUCAACUUCAACCCACACAAGUGGAUGCUGGUCAACUUUGACUGCUCGGCCAUGUGGCUGAAGGAUCCCAGUUGGGUGGUCAACGCCUUCAAUGUGGAUCCCCUGUAUCUGAAGCACGACAUGCAGGGCUCCGCGCCCGAUUAUCGUCACUGGCAGAUUCCGCUGGGUCGACGUUUCCGUGCCCUCAAGCUCUGGUUUGUUCUGCGUUUGUAUGGCGUCGAGAAUCUGCAGGCGCACAUCCGUCGCCACUGUGGCUUUGCCAAGCAGUUUGCUGAUCUCUGUGUGGCGGACAAACGUUUCGAGCUGGCCGCUGAGGUGAACAUGGGACUCGUCUGUUUCCGGCUGAAGGGCAGCAAUGAGCGCAACGAGGCGCUGCUCAAGCGCAUCAACGGUCGUGGCAAGAUUCACAUGGUGCCGGCCAAGAUACGAGAUGUCUACUUCUUGCGCAUGGCCGUCUGCUCGCGCUUCACACAGCCCGAGGACAUGGAAUACUCGUGGAAGGAGGUUGCUGCCGCUGCCGACGAAAUGGAGGCCGCCGAAUAGACGACUCGAAGGUGUGGCUCCUCUCAAGGAUGCCGAAGAUUUAAAGCUGACAUGCUUAGGGAAUUUCAUACUCCAUACUCCAUAAUAGGACCAACUAUUCGUUAUUGUUGUUACACGCUAAUCGUAUAUAUUGUAUUUAAUCGUAUUAAAUGUGCUUAAUUACUAUUUAAA